AGCAAACCAAUUUUUAUUAAACUUUUGUUGGCAUCGCUUUGGUUUUGCCUACAAAUUUCAUCCCUAAGCAAAUGUGUCAUCACUGCCACUAACAAUAGUGAUCAUUAUUGGCAAUUAAUGAGAGUUUAUAUUUAUUUUAUAUUAUUUAUUGUCUACUCAUUAUUGGUAUUCAUUGAAUUGGCUAUACUUUUCAAACCGUGUUUCAAACGACCAGAAUAUGUGCCGACCAUUGAACUCGAGGACACAGUCAAUAUAGCCGAUAUAACUGGACAUCAAACCAAACAAAUAAAAUAUUUACGAAAUUAUAGUUCAAUUAUAUCGAAAGCCACGUUUAGUUGGUUUUUGCCGAUACUUAAAAUAGGUUACCGUAGGCCACUGGAACUGGAUGACCUGGGACAGUUGCCUAAUAGAGAGACAUCUGAAUAUCAAUUCAUUAGAUUUAUUAAAUCACUUCCGGAUAGAAAGAACUGUAGCCCAUCUCAACUAUGGCUAUGCUAUUGGAAAACCUAUUGGAGUUCACUAGCAGUGGGCGCCCUCAUCAAGAUAGGGGCCGAUCUGUUUGGACUGUUUGGUCCGCUUUCUAUCGAUUAUAUACUAACCUAUGUAAACAAAACACAGUCAAUGAUUGCCGACAAUUAUCCGGACAUUGAUCACCAGCCGGACUACUAUUGUCUGAAAUGGUCACAGUUUUUGACCAACGGCUACAUCAUUGCACUGAUAGUAUUGUUGGCCACACUCUUGCAGUCGACGUUUUCAAACAAUUUCAAUCAUUUGGUUAACGCCGAAGGCAUUCAUCUCAAGACAGCUCUCAAUUGUCUCGUUUACGAUAAGACCCUUAGGAUGACAGUUCAAUCGGGCAUUGAUAUCGGAUCUAUUGUCAACCAUAUGUCUAUUGACUCAUACAAUAUGUUUAUGCUGUUAUCAAUGGGACACUAUUUAUGGGCCGUUCCUCUGAAAAUACUAUUACUAUUGUAUCUAAUGUAUUGUCAAUUAGGUUACAGUGCUCUGAUAGGUGCGGCCACUAUCUUUGUAUUGGCACCACUUCAAUAUUUUAUAUCAACAAAUUUAUCAAAAAUACAAGAACAAGAAAUGGAUAUUGCCGACGAAAGGAUCCGAAAAACAACUGAACUAUUUAUGGGAAUAAAAUUCCUGAAACUAUUGGGUUGGGAGUCAUGUUUUGCCGACGCCGUCAACAAAAUCAGAAAUAAAGAGCUCAGUGUCCUUAAAAAGGAUGCCAUUUAUGUGGCACUUAAUACAUUUAUAACACAAGGAUCAGCUAUAGUGGUAACUUUGGUCACAUUUGCCAUCUAUCCUUAUAUAGAGGGCAAACCAUUGUCUGCAUCGCAUGUAUUCACUGGACUGGCAUUGUUUAAUCAGCUAACUGUUCCACUAUAUAUUAUUCCAGUUGUAAUACCGAUAAUGAUUAGUGCAGUUAUCAGUACUAAACGAUUGGCUAAUUUCUUGUCGAUACCGGAAGUGGAUCCGAGUAUUCCGUGGCGAACCAAGACUACGACAUUGCAGAGACGUACUAAUGAUCUAAUAAACGAUGAAUAUUAUGUAAAAAAUGAGACCAAAUCCAGUUUCGAUGGCAAUGCCGGUCAACCGAUCAUCAAUAGUAAUACUAUUAUUACUACUAAUAAUAAUGUCAACAAUGAUAUGCCGGUAAUCAAACCCAAGACAAGAGUCAAGAAGAAAAGUUCGUCCAACUCUGUUGGCGCCACCGAUGAAGUCUGUUGUCGUAUUGUUAACGGCUGUUUCACUUGGAGUCUGGACAACAACGACGAUAAAAACGCCGACAUCGACUGCAUGUGUCAACAAUAUGUGCUAAACAAUAUCAAUAUAGCCAUACCUAAAGACAAACUGACGCUUAUUGUGGGACCGGUCGGAAGCGGCAAGUCGUCACUGUUGGCCGCCAUUACCGGCGAAAUGAUACGCAUCAGCGGCGAAGUCAAUUGGUGUCAAUUGAAUACGUUUAUCGGUUAUGUCGGCCAAAAUCCGUGGCUAAUAAAUACGUCGCUUCAGGAGAACAUUACUUUCGGAUCGCCGUUACUACAUAAGCGCUACAAUAAAGUUCUCAAAGCCUGUGCACUCGAGACAGACAUCAAAAUACUACCGAAUGGCGACCAGACAGAGAUCGGCGAACGCGGAAUCAAUUUGUCCGGCGGUCAAAAAGAUCGGAUCGGAUUGGCCAGAGCUCUGUACUCGUACGCCAAUACACUCAUAUUGGAUGACACACUGUCAGCGUUGGAUCCGAUUGUGGGAAAUCAUAUCUUUGAAUACGCUAUUAAAAAACUAAUGUUACAACAAAAACGUACGGUAAUUAUGGUAACCAAUAAACUCGAGUACAUACCGAAGGCCAACCAUAUUAUAGUGUUAGAAUCGGGCGGAACCAUCAAACAUUCGGCCAGUUAUGCCGAAAUCGAGCGGUUAGAUCCAAGUUUAACCGAUUACUGGACCAAAGCUCGUAAUAAAGAGGAAGAGAUGCGCCGAAAGGUGACCAUCGAAGAGUGCGGAACAACCAAAGAACGGAAAUCAUUGGUCAGAAUGUUGUCGUCCAAUAAGAUUGGAUGUCGCGGAUCAUUUCAGAUGCCAUCGGCUAAACCUAAAAAACCGAAACGACGACAAGUGUCGUUCAAUCGACAAUUAAGUCACGAUCCGUCGGGUCCGCUGCCGUGUCACGACUGGACCGACAAUGACGACCCAACGAUAGUCGGCUCACACAUUGAAGAAUCGGUGGUCAACCGGUCGUCGACACCAUUCAGGCGAAUGCAUUCCAAAGAUUCAAUGGACUCGAAGUCAAGUUAUGGCAAUUCGUCUCAUUUGUCGACAAGUGCCGAAUCAGGUGGCUAUAUCUGGAUGAGACCGCAGAUGAAUCGGUUGAACUCAACGACAUCGAGAGUCUCAUAUACUUCGAUUCGUGAAGUCGACGAAGAAGAGGAAGAAGAAGAAGAGCUCGACAUCGGCGCUGAAUACGAAAGAAACGAUCAGAAGAAUGACGACUCAGAAUCUGAUGAUGAGAUCAAACUGAAUGACGAUGUCUUUGAAGAGCUCAAACGUAAACAUUCAAACGGAAGGACAUCCAGUGUGGCCACUAUGCGACUGAUGAGUAACGAAAAACGAGAGACCGGAUCCAUAUCGAAGAAAGUCUACUAUUCCUACUUCAAGAAGUGUUCAAUUUGGCUGUCGCUGACAUGUCUUUUACUUAUAAUCUCAACGCAAGGCUUUAAAGUAGUUUCCGACUUUUGGUUGGCUCAGUGGUCAAAGUCGGACGUCUCUCUGGCCAAUGAUUACAGUCAGCUUCAGUAUUACAUAAAAGGCUACGCAUUGCUAUCGUUGAUCACAAUAGUCAUAUCGCUUAUGGCUAACCUGUUGUCUCAGUUGACAUCGUUACGAGCGGUCAGACUUCUUCACUCGGAAAUGCUCGACAAUAUCAUCCGAUGUCCGCUUCGGUUCUUCGAUGUCACGCCAUUCGGACGUAUUAUCAACAGGUUUUCCAACGACAUGAAUACCAUCGAUAAGAAACUUCCGAUAACGCUUCCAGUGUUACUUCGUUUUGUAUUCCUCUGUGUGUCGGCCAUAAUCGUCGACAUCAUAAUCACGCCGUACUUUUCGAUAGCCAUAAUACCGAUACUCAUACUCUACUAUUUUGUUCAACACUUUUUCCGCUUUACGUCCCGUGAAUUGCAACGGUUGGACUCAAUCACUAAAUCGCCAAUAUUUUCGCUGUACAGCCAAACCAUCGACGGUUUGGCCACACUUCGGGCAUUCAAUGAAGAAAUUAGUUUUACAGAUAAGAUCUACGAACUGUUGGACAUCAAUAAUAUAUGCUUUUUGAUGGUCAAUGCGGCCAACUGUUGGUUAGGCAUAGCAUUGGACUAUUUAGGAGGUGUUAUAUUGUUUUGCGCUACGAUUGCCUCAAUCUGGACGGCCAUACAUUUGAAUAUGAGUCCGGCUUAUGUGGGAAUGGCUAUGACCUAUACACUACUGGUGCCCAUAUAUCUCAAUUGGGUGGUCAGGAAUGUGGCCUCAGUUGAAAUGUAUAUGAAUUCUGUCGAAAGAGUUACCGAAUUCUCUCAGUUGGAAACUGAAGACCAAUUGGCUGAUCCAGUCUUAAUACAAGUAUCAGAGGAAUGGCCUAAAAGAGGUGAAAUCAAGUUUAUUGACGUUAAUCUCAAAUACGAUUCAAACGUCGAUACUGUUAUCAGAGGCGCAAACUUUCACAUAAAAGCUGGAGAAAAGGUCGGAAUAUGUGGUCGCACUGGUUGUGGCAAAUCAUCGCUAAUUAAUGCAUUGUUUCGAUUGAAUAACAUAACAAACGGUAAGAUACUUAUCGAUGGUAUAGACAUCGCAAACGAUGUGACCACUAGUGUACUCAGGAGUAGACUGUCGGUCAUACCUCAAGAUGUGGUCCUAUUUUCGGGAACAAUUCGCGAGAACUUGGAUCCCAACAAUCAACUAACUGAUCAACAAAUUUGGACAGUUUUGAGACAAUUGAAUCUAAAUAAGAGCAUUGAAUCUUUGGACGACGUUAUCACUGAAGAGGGUCUAAAUCUGAGUACAGGUCAGCGACAGUUGCUUUGUAUAGCCCGAGCGCUUCUUCGCGAGUCAACUAUUCUGGUGAUGGAUGAGUCCACCUCUUCGCUGGACGAAGAGUCCGAACAUUUGGUAUUGGAUCUGAUUAGGCAAACAAACAAAACAGUUAUAUCAAUAGCACAUAAACUAUCGACAAUCUUGGACUACGAUAAGAUUAUUGUUGUCGAUAAGGGGGUUAUCAGCGAAAUUGGUUCACCAAAAGAGUUAAUCAAUAGAAAAGAUUCGCUGUUUAAUACACUUUUGUUCAAACAAUUCAAAGCAGUUAUCUUGAAUGGCGUCUAA